AUGUUCUCCAACCUGGGGCUCUUUGAAACAGCCAAAUGCCCAGACCCAAAGUGUGCACGGGCCAGGUGCUUCUUCGCCCAUGGCCAGGCUCACGCCGUGUCCCCUGUCGCCGGUCCAAGCGUCUGGAGUGAAGCGAAAGAUGGAUGCGGGGAUAGCGGAAGAUGGAGCGGAGGCGAAGAAACAGGUCGUGCCAAGCUCGAAGCCCGGAGUACCGGUGUCUACAUCUUUGACGACAGCGCCAAAGCCUCCACCUUCCACGUCCUCAAUACCCUCAAGAGCUUCUUCCUCUGCAGAUUAUGGACGUCCGCCCAAUCUACCACUAAAUAUCAAAGUAACCCCUCAGCCUCGCACCGAUCGCCAGAAAGCCCAAUAGUCGCCACCCUCUUUACUCAGUUCUCAAAGCUAUAUGGCCCUAUAAUUCACCUUGGACCUUCACUUGCCCACGACACAACUCUCUCUCAAGAGAAUGAGAUAUCCGCCUCAUCGUCUUCGCUCAGAACCUACAAGACUGCUAUCCACCACGCUGCUGUGUCCAUCUCUCGCCGGCCUCCUCCCACAUCUCUGAGUCAUCCAUCAGUGGGGACUGUCAAAGAGUCUAGGGAGAAAGGCGAGAAGGCAGAGAAGGAGAAGAGUGAGCGGCUGGAAAGGAGAAGAGUCGAAAGAUACUUUUUGAAGAAGGAGGAUUUUGCCAAGUGGAGAUAUCCAUUACCAGAUGAUCCUGAGCUUGUGGGUGAAGGUACAGGAUCAAAGCCAAGUGGAGAGGGCGAGACCCACAACUGCGAUCGAUGCAAGAUCUCCUUCACCGUCUCCUCUCAGAACCUCGCAGCGCGGUUUGGCGAGUGCCGCUAUCACUACGGCCGGACGGCUCCAGAACGCGUUGAAGGCCGGCGGAAAUGGAUCUACUUUUGUUGUGGAAAAGAGAGGGGUGAAGGAGGGUGUGAAGAUGGGGUGCAUGUCUUCAAGGAAGAAGAUGAUCAAGCACUGGCGAGGAGGGAAGGGUUCAAGAGUGUGAGAACGUGUGCGGAGGAGAGCAAGAGAGAUGGGAAGAGUAUUGUGGGAGAUGGGUUUGGGGUCGUGGCUAUGGACUGUGAGAUGAUCAGUACCACCGCGGGCCUCUCUCUCGGUCGAGUCACAAUCGUAGACGAGAAUGGCGACAUUCUGCUGGAUGAACUGGUACGGCAAAACAGAGAUGUCAACACCCGUUUCUCCGGUAUAUCUCCUGGUCAGCUCGACAGUGCUCUCAUGGACCUCCCAGCAGUCCGCUCAGCGGCGUGCAUGUUCAUUGGGCCAGAGACUGUUAUCGUCGGGCAUGGUCUUGAAAAUGAUCUUCGAGCCUUGAGGUUGUUGCACGACAAGAUUAUCGAUACCGCCAUCGUCUUCCCUCAUGACAAAGGGCCACCUUUCAGGCGAGCUUUGCGUGACAUUGUGAAAGAGAAACUGGGCUACUUUAUCCAAGAUCGGACGUCUGACUUGGGUCAUAGUUCAGCGGAGGAUGCGAAAGCGACUCUGGACGCUUUGAAGUGGAAGGUGAGGGACGACAACGAGUGA